CCUUGCCUAAUACAUCAUUUGUCACGCUCUCUUGUUUAGGGGUGAUUACUAUAAUAAACACACACAACAGCUCAGCUGUUAGGCAUCUCGUUUCGUUUUGGUUAUUUUGUUUUAGUCUCUUUCUGUUUUACGAGGUUCUGUAAAUGCGACGUGACGCUUUUCUGACGUCGAGACGGACGGAAGUGAUGCAAAUCGCGUUUCUCGAUCGCUUUAAUCGGGUUUGACUCUGAUUUCUGCAGAUGCAGAGGGGUGAUGCUUCUGUGAAACUCACUGUGCUUGGGUAACCUUUGUUCCGCCGCAGGACGCGAUGGAUCCGUCCAGGAGGAGCGAAAGUGACUGGCAGGGGCUGGUCAGUGAGUUCCUGGUUUGUAAGCGGAAGUUGGAGAGUAAGAAAGAAGCUCUUCUGAUUCUGUCUAAAGAGCUGGACACCUGUCAGCAGGAGAGGGAUCAGUACAAACUGAUGGCCAACCAGCUCCGUGAGCGACACCAGGGACUCAAGAAGAAGUACAGAGAGCUCAUUGAUGGAGAUCCUUCUCUGCCUCCAGAGAAAAGGAAUCAAGUGAAUUUAGCCCAGCUACUGACAGACUCCAGAGAGCGAAACUCUCAUCUGUCCGAGGAGGUGAAGGAGCUGAAACAGCGACUACUGGAAGCUCAGGGCGAUAACAAGCUUCUACGGAUGACCAUCACCAAACAGAGGCUGGGAGACGAAGAGGUCGGCGCCCGACACUUUCCCGCGCAUGAGCGAGAAGAUCUGGUCAAACAGUUAGAAAGGGCGAGAGAGCAGAACGAGGUGCUGGAGAACAGCGUGAAGUCGCUCACGGAUGAGCUGCAGGAUGUUCGAGCAGAGCGGGACGUGUUUCAACAGAAGGCUCAUCGUCUCAAUGUGGAGAUGAACCACAUUGUAGGGAAUGAUGAUGUCCGCAUCUUAGACAUCGACGCGCUCUGCAUGGAGAACAGGUAUUUGCAUGAGCGACUUAAUCAACUUCAAGAAGAGGUCAACUUGCUCAAGACAAAUCUGCUGAAGUACAAGAGUGCCCUGGAGUGUAGGAAGACCUCUAAAAUCAGUGGAAAGCCCAACAGCAGUGCUCUGACUGGGGUGCUUUCUGCUAAACAAGUGAAGGAACUGCUGCUGUCUGAAGAAAACGGCUGCAGUUUGCCGGUGACUCCUCAGUCCAUCUCAGACCUCAAAUCUCUCGCCACAGCCCUGCUGGAAACCAUCCACGAGAAAAACAUGGUGAUUCAGCACCAGCGCCAAAUCAACAAGAUUCUUGGAAAUCGAGUAGCCGAGCUGGAGAAGAAACUAAAAACACUGGAGAUGUCCGGAUUAUGGAGCCUUCCAGGCCUGACUUAUAAUGUGUCUCUGGGAAUAUGCGGAAGGGGAAGAGACGCCAUCAUCCUGAACACGCAGCUAGUGGAUUCGACCGAUCCAUCUGAUUCUCCGGGACAGAACGGUGACAAAAGGUCAAACAAACCAGCUGAGCACGAGAGCUCUCCAGAAGACAGUGUAACACCAGCUGCGUCAGAUUUUCAAGAUGACGCACCAACACCAUCAUCGUGUGUCGAGUCCUCGAACCAAAACUGCUCACCACAGUUGGACGAGCAAGAGUCCUCAAGGCCUCAAACAGAAAUGCCAGCUAGUGAGGAGUGCCAGGAAAGUGGCCAAUCACAAAGCGCUGCGGUUUUUACCAGUUUUGCAACAGAAGAGGGUCUGAGUGACUCCAGUGCUGAUGUGAAAUACUUGAACAGACCUGAUCCCUCAGACCCCGGCCACUCACAGCAACUCUCAGAGAACUCGGUCCCAACAGCUGGAGGAGCGGAGGAGUCAGAUGAAUGCACUGUAGGGGGGGAAAGUGUUGAAACAGAGUGUAAUGUAAUCGAGAGAAAUAGUCACGUUACAUUAUCUACUACUGUGUCUACUACAGCCUCCGAAGAGCAGCAGGAGGACGUCCUGACUACCGCGGAUGUUUGCAGUAGUCAGGAGUUGUGAUGU